AUGGAUAGGCACACGCAGGACGAAGACGAAGACGAGACACGCAGUUUCUUACAUCACAGCUCGAUUCAACAGCAUGCCAUGAGAAGACAGACCAGAAAACUUAUCAUCCUCACCCUCGUCAAUGCAACUAUGCUCAUACUCACCGGAGGCCUGUUUGUCACCUUGUUGCAUGCCGAAUUCUUCGUCCGGAACGCCGACUUGCGUCGUGUGUCGAGCUACAGCCCCGUUCACAACCUGGUCGAUCUCGAUAUGGGCCUCGUCACCGCCAAUGGCACGCUCUUCCCCCCCAAACACCCUGCCAUCGGCCGGCAGAUGCCCAACGACGCUGCCGACCUGCUGUGGGCCGACUGGGAACUCACUCGGGUCCUCCCCAUCACUCGGUCAGACAUUCUACGCAUGGGAAAAGACCCCAGCACUGUGGCCAAGCUGGAUGAUGCCGCAUGGGGCCUCGGCGACGACGCCUACGUCGCCACGUUUGACGUCUAUCACCAGCUUCACUGCCUCAACACGCUGCGCCACAUCGCCUACGGUUCGUAUUACUCCAAAUCAGGAGUCAAUGCCACCGGUACGUCUAUGAAUGAGAUCCACGUCAACCAUUGCGUCGACAUGCUGGUGCAGGCGCUCCAGUGCAGUGGCAAUGUGAAUCUUAUUACGAUGCACUGGGUCGAAACCCAGACAUACCCGUACCCUGAUAUGUCAGUGAAUCGGAAGUGUAUCAACUUUGACAAGUUGACCCAGUGGCGGCGGGAGAAUACGAUCGAUAUGGACAAGUACGUCAAGGUGAUGCAGAAGCCGGAUGGUGUGAAGCAGCGCCCUGCGCCGGAUGCCCUGUAUGAGUUUCACGGCUUGGAUAGCCCGAAUCAUCAAGGUGGUGCGAACCCUGGCGAGGAUUUUAAUUUCUAG